AUGACACUCGCGGCGACGAGACAAGAUGAAGCGUUCGGUCGACGCACGCCGUCCGUUGGGACGCUCCAAAUAUUGCGACCGCCGUCGCGUCCGUCCAAUCAAAAUGCAAAUUUUGUUGCAGUCGCCGCGAUUUCCGACGAAGUGCUCGAAUGCCUCCGACAGGAGAAGUCGCGUGUCGAGAAUCCGUCGCAGACGAUCGUCAACGUCAUCGCCGAGAAUCCCGCCUAUCUUCAUUGCAGUGUGCCGCCCGAUGCCGAUCAUGAGAUCGCGUGGACACGAGUCUCCGACGGCGCGCUGUUGACAGCCGGCAACCGGACAUUCACGCGGGACCCCCGUUGGCAGGUGUCGCGCAAGUCCGCCAAUGUUUGGGUACUCAAUUUGAGACGCGCUGAAAUCGCCGACACCGGCUGCUAUAUUUGUGAGGUCAACGACAAACACAACACGAUUUACGCGGUUUUUCUCAAAGUUUUGGAUCCGCCUCUUCCAUCGCCUGCUUCGCUUCACAAAAAAUCGACCAAAUUGAUGGCCAACAUGUCCGGCGAUGAGGUGGUGCUGAAUUGCACGGUGAUCUCCAGCGACGAGGAGCCGAUCGACGUCGUGUGGACGCGAAACGGCGAGAAGAUCAAUUUCACCGACACUGAAAAAUAUGUGCUCAAAAUGAAACGAGAUGCGGGUGUUGUGAUCGAAACGAUGAGGAUUCGAAAGGCGACGAUGGACGACGAUGGAAAUUAUGCGUGCGAGCAUCGACAGCAGAAAGCCAAUCAAAUUGUUCACAUCAAUCGAGCCGACGCGCAACGCAGCAGCACAAAUCGAUUGACGGUAAUUAUUUGCGUAAUUGCAUCGAUUAUUUUCUUCUAA